AUGGAAACAUUAUCACAUGUUAGCGAGAAGAUCAAAUGUAUCAAUGAGCGGACACAGCUAUCAUAUCUUCAGUGCUCUCUGCUUGCUUUCAUAUCAAUGAAUAGACGUGUUGUUGUUGGACACCUCAAGAAGCCGAGUAAAUACUCCAACAAAUUCAUCGACAUUCAAAAAGUGUUUUUUGACAACGACGAGUAUUCUUUUGUGUUCAAUGUUCAGAGUUUUCUUGCCAAACGAGCACAAGAACGGAUGUCCAGUUACAACAAGAAGAAUUCGAGUGGAAAAUGGGCUCUGCGAAAAGUGAGAAGUCAAAAGAAGCGGGAGUGCAUUCAUCUUUUGGAAGACAUUCUUUUUGAAGAUGGAUUUGUUGUGAUGUAUGACACAGAGAAUCGGGAGGGGAUUGGUGGGAAUGUAUUCAUUAUACUUCCUGAUGGGUCUGUUAUGGACAAAGUGAUGAUAAAAAGACUUGGACAAACAAUUUGGAAUUACUGCGAAGUCGAAAAGAAAGAUACAAAAGAGAUUAUUUUGAAUAAUGGUGUGGUGAUGACACUUUUAUCCAGAGAAAUUACUAAUUAG